CAUUCGAGUGCCAAGAGCCACCGCGGUGCUCCCGGGGCGGGCUGAGGUCCUGUCCUGCAGCCACUUUUGGAGCAGCGGCAGCUUGGGAAACACGGUGGAGUGAGGGGACCUUGGAGGUGACCCCAAGAUGAAUCUCCUCGCCCAGGUGAGCUCCCUCCUUCAGACCCUGCAAGCCCCGGACUGGCUGUUCCUCCAGUCCUGGCACUGGCUGGGCUCCUGGGUGAGCAGCUCCAGGCAGGGCACCGGUGGCCCUGAAACACGGCUGGGUCCCCAGGCAGUGACUGGGGCAGUGACCACAGCAGGGUUCUUCCUCUGCGAGGGGCUGCUGGGACAACACUUUGACAUGGUCCCCAACGGGGUGGCUGAGCCCCAGCCCGGGGACCUCUUCCUCUUCCCGCUGGCCUCCGGGGGCCCUGGCUGGUGGGGCGCCCACGCUGGCAUCUACUGCGGUGACGGGGAGAUCAUCCACCUGGAAGGCAGCUCAGGGACAUCGCCAUCAGGCAUCGUGGCUAAGCAUGGCAAGAGCCACCUCCUGCGGACACGGGGCCCGGCCAAGGUGCUCCGGAGGAGGAGAGAGCUGGAUGUGGCUGCCCUGCAGCGGCGGAUCCGGGCGGCCAUGGACCAGCCGGUGGAGUACGAUACCAUCACCUGCAACUGCAUCCACUUCGCCCUCGCCCUCCUGGGGCUGGGCCACCUUGCUGGUGCCAUGGUAUCUCCAGCGCUGCAGUGAUGGAGGUGACAGAGCUCCUGGGGAACGUGUGGGGCUGGAGCAUCCUUCCCUGGGGACCAGAACUUCACCAAUGUGGCAAUAAACAGAUGCAUGGAAA